GCCCGCGGCCGCAGCCUAUGGGCGCGCCGGGCGGCGUCACGUGCCGCGCCCCGCUCGCCGCUGCGGAGCCCGGGGAGCCGCGGGGCCGGGGAGCCGCCACGGGGCCGGCGGCGAGUGGGGUGAAUUACAGGAAGUGACUCCCAGAGCAUCUUGGCUGUAUGAACUCUUGAGCUGUCAAGAGACUGAGAGGCUUAUGAAGAGGUUCUGUCAGGCAAAACAGUGCUUAGCAAAGACACCGAGGAGGAGGGAAAAGGAGAAAAGGAGGAGGAGAGAGCUGAAACACUAACAAACCAUGAGAUCUAUCCGAUCUUUUGCUAAUGAUGACCGCCAUGUUAUGGUGAAACAUUCAACCAUUUAUCCAUCUCCAGAGGAACUUGAAGCUGUCCAGAACAUGGUAUCAACAGUAGAAUGUGCCCUUAAACAUGUCUCUGACUGGAUGGAUGAAAAGAACAAGUCUACAAAAUGUGAGGCUGAUGUGGAAGCCAAGGAGGAAGCUGCAGAAAGCAAUGCCAAGGAUCAAGGUGGUCGUACAUUGUGUGGUGUUAUGAGAAUUGGCUUGGUUGCAAAGGGCUUGCUGAUAAAAGAUGAUAUGGAUCUGGAGCUGGUUCUCAUGUGCAAAGAAAAACCCACAAAGACCUUGUUGUCUAUAGUUAAAGACAAUCUCCCAGCUCAAAUUCAGAAACUUACAGAAGAGAAGUAUCUCGUGGAGGAGCAUGUAAAUGAGGCAGCUAUUAUUAUUCAUAACACAAAGGAGCCCAAGCUAACUUUGAAGGUGAUACUUACAUCCCCUCUCAUUCGAGAUGAAGCAGAGAAGAAGGAAGGAGUAGAUAAUGUUGCGAUGAAAGAUCCUCCGGACUUAUUGGACAGGCAGAAAUGCCUGGAGGCCUUGGCGUCUCUGCGGCACGCCAAAUGGUUUCAGGCCAGGGCAAAUGGACUAAAAUCAUGUGUAAUUGUCCUUCGUAUUCUGCGGGAUUUGUGCAACAGAGUCCCCACAUGGGCACCACUGAAAGGAUGGCCACUCGAGCUUAUAUGUGAAAAAUCUAUAGGUACUUGUAAUAGACCUCUGGGCGCUGGGGAAGCAUUGCGACGAGUGAUGGAGUGUUUGGCAUCUGGAAUUCUGCUUCCUGGAGGCCCUGGUCUGCACGAUCCCUGUGAGCGGGAGCCAACAGACGCACUGUCCUAUAUGACAGUCCAGCAAAAAGAAGCCAUUACCCACAGCGCACAGCACGCCCUCAGAUUAUCAGCUUUUGGUCAGAUCUAUAAGGUUUUGGAAAUGGAUCCCCUCCCAUCAAAUAAGUCAUUUCAGAAAUAUUCCUGGUCAGUAACCGAUAAAGAAGCAUAUCCAUAUUACAAGGAAAUUUAUACCCUAGGUACAGGCUCAUCUGCUCUUAAGAGACCAUUUGAAGACAGUGUCGGGGAUGAUAAAGACCCAAAUAAAAAGAUGAAGCGUAAUCUGAGGAAAAUACUAGAUAGUAAAGCAAUAGAUCUCAUGAAUGCUCUGAUGAGGCUGAACCAAAUCAGGCCAGGGCUUCAGUAUAAGCUGCUGUCACAGUCUGGUCCAGUCCAUGCCCCAGUCUUCACAAUGUCUGUAGAUGUUGAUGGUACGACAUAUGAAGCGUCAGGACCUUCUAAGAAAACAGCCAAGCUCCAUGUGGCAGUGAAGGUUUUACAAGCGAUGGGGUAUCCAACAGGUUUUGAUGCAGAUGCAGAGUGUGUGAGUUCUGAUGAAAAAUCAGAUACAGAAGGUAAAAAUGAAUCAACGUCUUCAAUCUCAAGCAAUAAUACUGGAAAUUCCACAGCCGACACCUCCGCUACCCUAGAGGUAAGAACUCAGGGUCCUAUACUCACAGCAAGUGGGAAAAACCCAGUGAUGGAGCUCAAUGAAAAAAGAAGAGGUCUGAAGUAUGAGCUCAUCUCUGAGACAGGGGGAAGCCACGACAAACGCUUCGUGAUGGAGGUAGAAGUAGAUGGACAGAAGUUCAGAGGUGCAGGCCCAAAUAAGAAGGUAGCAAAAGCAAGUGCUGCAUUGGCAGCACUCGAAAAACUGUUUUCUGGGCCUAAUGCAGCGAACAACAAGAAAAAGAAGAUUCUUCCUCAGACUAAAGGAGUUGUCAAUACAGCUGUUUCUGCAGCAGUGCAAGCUGUUCGAGGCAGAGGACGAGGUGCUUUAACACGAGGAGCGUUUGUUGGAGCAGCUGCUGCUACUGGAUACAUUACACCAGGCUAUGGAGCACCCUAUGGGUACAGUACAGCUGCGCCAGCUUACGCCAUAUGCACUUGUAUAAAAUAAGCAGAAAUGUAGUGACUGUAAGCUGAGAUCGUGAUAUAAAAGCACACCUAGUUUGCUGGGAAUCUGGUCCUUAUUGUAAAGUGGAAAUGCCAUUAGAGUCAUUUUAGACCUAUUCACUGGAGGAAAUCAGCACUGGAGUCCUAUGUCUGUGGAUUGUGGCAGCAGUUUUCACCUGUACUUUUUUCUGAACGUUAAUCACUUAAGUUGGUAAUUAAACAUUUGAUAUUAAGAGAACUGUCAUCACAAAGCUGUUGUAUUACUUAAACUCCAAAGUUACAUCUCUUCAGCUUUAUCUGUCUCAUCUAAAUCCACACCUAUCUAUGUCCAGGUUUUCUGCUGCUCCUAAAACAUCUUCCCUUUUCCCAUUCUGCUUGUAGAAAUGGGAGUGAUUCAGUUGUUUGUAACUGAUGUUUAAGAAAAUAAACAUCAGGAGCAGGACACGUACGCCUGUUCUACAGUCUGGGGUCUUCUAGGAGAAAAGGUGCUUUUUCUGCUCAGCCUGUCAAGUACUGUGUAGGCAAUGCCAUGCCGUACUAGAAGUAGCUAUGGCAGUUUUGUAAGAGAAAAUUUCAUCAUAGAAUAAGAUUUAAAUUCAGUAAAGUGGUUUUCUCUCUAGUUGCUGAGGCUGCAUGAAACAUUCAGACUACAUGUUUAUCUUGACGCUUAAGAAGAGCUGAAUGUCCAAAAGUGGUAUGUGGAGAUGUGCAGUCCUAAAGCAAAUCUCUUCUGGAUGUAGUUUCAUCUUGUACUUAGUGCCUUACCUCUGCACAAUGUAAGGUCAUACAUGCUGUAUCACAGGUAGUUUAACAGUUAAGUGUACUUUAAAAGAUCCCAUCAAGCCUAGUCUACAGAAACUGUUGCAAAGACUGAAGCCUUCUCAGUGGGAGAGUUCUCUUCCAUGUUUAAUUAAUAAUCCAUUGAUAAACAAGAGUUGCAAGAAUUUAAAAGAGCAUAUGAAAAAUUUAACCACAGGCUGAGGCUGAAUUUAUCUGUUUUCCAACUUUAAAGGUUUGUGGCAAUAAGAUGAUUAAAGGUACAGUAUCAUCUAUGCUUUGUAAGUAAACAACAUCAAAAUGUUUUACUGCUAGUCAGAUGUGCAUGUUUGUUGAAACCUCUGGACUGUUACCUCUACCAGAACAACUUACACUAAUUCUGGAAGGCGUUACUUGAAUGUGCUUUGCUAUUCUUCAUUCUUGGUACAGGGGAGUUGGAAUGAGUAACAGUUGCAGAUAGUUUUUAAUUCCAAAACAGCACAUGGAUUUAAGCCUCCUUCCUGCCUCUUACCUGGAUCCAGAAGCUCCAGGUGCCUUAUGUUGCUUUGCAGCUUGCAAAGUGUAGUGCAGCUCCUUGAACACAUGCUUGUGAAAUGCAGCUGGUCCUGGCAGAAUGGACUGAGGCCAGAGAGAGAGAGAAAAGAAACAAAUGAAGCUAGACUGCCUUUCUCCAGACUUAAAAGGUUACAGGUAGGAAGGUGGAGGGAGAGUUGCACUGCAUUUUCCAAGUCCGUGAAUACAGUCUGUGGUAAAACCAGCAGCCUUGGUAUGCAAAGAGAAGGUGGAGACAAUAUUGGUUUUUUCACAGUUUAAAAGUAAUAAGGUAAAAGAUUUAGGCUAUCCAAGUAGCAGGCUAAAAGCUGCUAGUUAUGUCAUUAUAGGAGAUGUAUUUUUUUUCUGUUCAGUAAACAAGUCCAGGAUGGAAGGUUUUCCAGAGGAGGAAAAGGAACAGGAGAAAUCCAGUGAACAAAUUCUGUUUCCUGAUGCAGCCCUGUCCAAAAUAGAGACGCUGCUCCAGGCAGUGUCUAUUGCUUGCAACUCAAUUUUGGUAGGGAAAGGAAUAAUAAUCAUUUCCCCUAAAGCAAUACAAGUAACUUACUUCCACAGUGCCCACAGUAUUCUAUAAAACUUGCUUUUAAACAGACCAGCAUGGCAACAAGAGAAAGCAGAUACUCCUUCCCCACAUGUUGUAAUGUACAGAUUUCAGGCCACUGAUAUUGAUGUGACUAGUUGUGAAAAAGUAGGUUCAUCAUAACAGAAAAGCCUAUCUUGACUUUCUAUCCACUUCUGUUUUUUUAAGCUAGAAGGGAGUUAAUUAUAGCACUCGUCUGUUUGGAAGAGAGUAGAGCAGAAGGUAAGUUUCAACUUCAAACUUUGAAGCUGCUAUGAAUAAGUCGAUUAACAGUGUUCCAUGGAAACAACCUGAUGUACUUACUUUGUGCUCAUUUCUGUGUUCUUAGAAAAGCUCAAGCUUGUGUAAGCGUAAUCAAUACAAAUUUACUCAGGGUACUGCGUCAUCUCAGCAGUGGACACUAACUGCAUCUUAAAUCAAAAGGCACAUAUAAAAUCAAGCUUAAUAAGGAGGGACAGAACAUCUUGACAGGUUUUGCUUUACUACUGGCACUGUUACAAUUUAAUGAUCUAUGCAUAUGGCAAUAGGUGCAUUGCUGCACUCCCCGUAAACAUGUAGUUCCAUAAGGGCAUUCUGUAAACUAACAAAGUAAAAGUAGUCACGGUAGGAAAGAGAGCAUUCUUUCAUUACUUCCAGAAAGAACUGAUGAAGCAGACAGAAUGUGAUACUGCUCAAAGCAGAAUAACGGUGGGCUGAAGAACAGCACUCCAAAAGGUACAGUUUUUGAAACAUUAGUGAUUACAUGAGCUGAAUUAUGAAAAUUCUAAUUUGCUGUAGAGAUUAUUUCCUGCUUUUUCAAACUAGUAUCAUUGCUUCCCUGCUCAAAAUAACAGAUAAAGACAAGUGUAGUUUUCUAAUAAGAUGUGUUGCAUGGAAACAGACACAUACUAGCAGAAAACUGAGGCUGUACUGUAGAGAGCACAUUCAACUACAGAGCCAUUCUCUGGGCAAUGCUGCAUAAUUUAAGAGUGGGUAAAUAUGCCUUCAGGGACAACACACCACACAACAGAUGUUUAAAACAAACAAGAAAAGCACAGAAAAAAGCCUCAAAGCUUUGUCCAGCCAUGCAUUUAUUCUUCCCUGAAAAAGGGACAGGUACAUUCACACGUGCUUAGUGAGUUACACAUCAGACAUCACAAAGAUCCUCAAGGACGGAUGUUUUAAAGCUAGUCUACUUUUGGACAGAAAAGGGAGGAAGUUGACUGUUGUCUUCCAGUUCCAAGUGCAGUGUCUUAUUUCUGAUCCUAAUCCUAAGUCAAUACUGAUUGAUCAAACUGACUAAGCUUUUUAGGUCAACAAGCUCUCUACGAAGCAAUUCUGUUAUCUCGAGCCUCUGCAGGGGCCAACAACUGGUGCUUUAACUGCUACUUCCACUCCAGAAUGUCACCCAUCCUCCGGUUGUCCCAGAGCUGCUCUGGGAGACUUGCACUCCUAAGAGAGGUACGCUGUGGGACUGUCAAAAGCACGGCAAUGCUGCAGCAGAGAGAGUCUCAGCGGGCUGUAUGCUUCCUAAAGUCCUGUCCAGUUCUUAAGUGACAAAGUUGAGCAUGAAACCUGUACUACCAAACAUACCGGUCCCUUAGUGAGAGGGGCAUCCAUGAGAAGCAGUCACAG